UGUUGGCAUGUCGGGCGUUCGUCAUGCUAGAGAGCCUUUGAGGCAGUAAUUCGGUGGUAUUUCAGUUGAAAAAAGUUGUUGAUUCACUAAAUAUACAGAAAAUAAUGCGUGAGCUUCUCUGGGAGAUUUGAAUCUCGAUCAAAAAAAUCCAACAAUGAUACUCUCAAGAGCUAAACCGGCGCUGUCGGAUGCCUCGAGGAAGCCCGCGGCUCGCAAAGACAUCCCGAAGCUCGGGGAAUUCCUCGAAAAACGCGAUUAUGCAGGUGCACUGACUCUAAUCGAGUUCAACGCGACUAGUAGCAAUGCCAUUGAGACUGAAACCUGGAUUGCCUACUGUGCGUUCCACCUGGGGGACUACAAAAGAGCUACCAGUGUGUACGAGGGUCUGAGGAAGAAGGACAAAGCCCCAGCCGAUGUGCCCACCAACUUGGCCUGUUGCUACUUCUAUCUCGGAAUGUAUCCAGAGGCUAAAGAAGCUCUCAGAGACGCUCCUGAGAGCGGCCUCAAGACGAGACUCUUAUUUCAUCUCUCUCAUAAAAUGGGAGACGAGAAUACACUUUUGGAGUAUCACGGGAAGCUGAAAGACGUCAUUGAGGACCAGCUGUGUCUCGCCUCGAUUCAUUACCUCAGGGCUCAUUAUCAGGAGGCCAUCGACAUCUACAAAAAAAUUCUGCUUGAUAACAGGGAUUAUCUAGCUCUGAAUGUUUACGUAGCUCUCUGCUACUACAAGUUAGAUUACUACGACGUGGCACAGGAAGUCCUCCAAGUGUACCUCCAAAAAUAUCCUGACAGUGCAAUCGCGAUCAAUUUGAAAGCCUGCAAUCAUUUUCGUUUGUACGAUGGGAGCACUGCGCAGGCCGAGAUGAGGCAGUUGGUGGAGAAGACAGCGUCCACGUACAGCUUCGGACAUGAUUUAAUUCGGCACAAUAUUGUGGUCUUCAGAGAUGGAGAGGGAGCUCUGCAAGUGCUCCCCGCCUUAGUGGAUGUAAUACCAGAAGCAAGACUCAAUCUCGUUGUUUACUAUUUGAAACAAAACGAUAUUCAAGAGGCAUAUGAUUUGAUCAAGGACUUGGAGCCAGCAGUUCCGCAAGAAUAUAUUCUGAAAGGGACUGUUCAUGCAUUAAUUGGUCAAGACACUGGCUCUAGGGACAGCAUCAAGACUGCUCAACAAUACUUCCACCUGGUGGGCUCAUCAGCCUCUGAAUGCGACACAAUUCCAGGGAGGCACUGCAUGGCCGCCUGUUUCUUCCUUCGUCGACAGUUCGAGGAAGUCCUCGUGUACCUCAAUUCCAUCAAGACUUAUUUUUCUAAUGACGAUAGCUUCAAUUUCAACUACGCCCAGGCACAGACAGCCUCGGGGUACUUCAAAGAGGCCGAGGAGGCUUUUCUCAUGAUCAGGAAUGAGCGAUACAGGAAUGAUUAUGUUUGCAUUAGUCUAUUGGCUUAUUGUUUCAUAAUGAACAAGAAAGCUCAACUAGCUUGGGACUUGUAUCUGAAAAUGGACACCUCAACUCAGUCAUUCAAUCUACUUCAAUUAAUCGCCAACACUUGCUACAGACUUGGAGAAUUCUGGUAUGCAGCCAAGGCUUUCGAUAUGCUGGACAGGAUGGAUCCAUCUCCGGAGUAUUGGGAGGGUAAACGAGGAGCUUGCUGCGGGACUUUUCAGUACAUUGUGGCUGAAAAACAUCCCAAAGAACUGCUGCCAGAAGUCAUUCAACUCCUUCGAAACACUACAAACUCUCAGGUCGAGCAGAUUAUUCGAGUCAUGAGGAAGUGGGGGAAGGAUCACAAAGUGAAUUGUUAAAAUUGACUUGUGAAAUUUCAUAAUAAUUAAG